AGCUGUUUUUAGUUAUCCUGCAAAAUUUGUCGCAGAAAAGAACAAAAAUCGUCCAGUCCCGAGAUGAAAAUACUUAUUAAAUCUUCAGCUGCCCUAACUAAUUUUUUGUGCCAGAGGGUCGCUCGAGCAUGAUCCAUCGAGUGUUGAAUCUAAAAAUCAUGUGAACAAUAUCGACAAGAGCAUGGGUCCUCUAACGUUCGUGAUUUUCUCUUCUCUCCUCGCGGAUAGUUUGCCGCGGAUAAUGGUGCAGCCUGGAGGACGAAAAAUACGUUCGGGACCAGCACGUCACCUGCAUUUCCAUUUGCUAGUAUUUGUGCACGUCGUCAGCCUCGCUCCGCUGCCGACUUUCGCGACAAAACGGACGUCGAAGAAGAGAACGUCCACGCAUUUAUUGCACUUUCACGACUUUUAUGCAUUGGCAUUGCAAAUAUGUCUGGGUCUGGAAACUUGUGAUGCUGGGUGGCGUAUCAUGAGGAGGGCACAACUGCUGGCUCAGCAUGACAAGUUUUUGAGCUUCUUGGUGUUGCCUCUUCUGCAUGACAAACUGCGUUUCUGCAUCACGGAAAAGUGGGGCUCUUGGGUAACGUGCAUGACAGAUUUAAGAGUCUUGCCAGACAAGCACGACAAACGUUCACCCUUCCAGACCCAAGCAUUUUUACAUUUGAUAACUUUGUCGACUUCGCGUUCCCGGAAGAGUGGAUAGCCCAGAACCUGGAGCUGCCUGCUGGCGACGACAAUCUUCACACCUUGCAAGAGAACGCGCCGCACAUGCACGAGGCCUUCGACUAUGCCAGUAUGUUGGAGGAAGAGGGCGGUGGGCCGGACGAGGAGAAAGCACAAGACACGACGAUGAAAAUGCAGUUGCAGUUCGAUUUCGUAGUAGAUGACGAAAAAGAAAAAGAACUGCAGGCGCCGGCGGAGAAAAAUGAGCCAGGACCUGCUUUUGCAGAGCAAGGGCAAGAUGCAAUGGUGAACAAGAAACAGGAUCACGAUCAACAAGAGACAGUGUACCACGUGCCGCUGCGUGUUGACUACGACCCCGAGGUGGACGACGAGAAGAAGCUCGAGCACGAACACGACGUCUUACUCGCGAACGCAAUUCACCAGGGGUGCUACACGCAUGUCGACGUGUCGCCGGACGUUGACGACGGGGAGGCGCAAUCGAAGCUGCACUCCUGCACGUCCUGGGUGAAGGAGAGAUUUGACGCCACUUGGGACGAUCUCGUCGAAGAAGUUGUGGGAGGAGAGAAACAAAAAGGAAAAGCCGAAGAAGUCGCAAAGCAGCAUGAAGAUCUAGGUCAUGACAACACACCGGCCCUCCCACUCCUGGUCGGACCUGCGCUGGAUGAAGCGCAACUCAACGGAAGAGUGCAAAGUGACUUCGGCACGACGGCGAAAAGCUUUGGAGACAAGGCGAAAGAGGAACAGAGAGCGAUUGUGGAAUGGCAGAGCCAAGAAAUAAACACGAAUACCAAUAGUACAACCGCACGAGCAGGACCCCCUGCAGCCCAUUCAACGCCUCCGCUCCCGUUUGAAGAUGAAGAUGAUGCUCUUUCCGAGCAGGAGGACAAAACAGGCCCGGAAUCUGCUACUACUAGUAAGGAAACUACUAGUAGCAUCAAAACCGAAGACACUAGUGCGACACCAGAAAGCAGUGGUGCAUUCUUUCAACUACGAUUACGGAUGGUUAACGACACGAGUCAUGAUUUCGACGCCGGCUACUUCCUGGAUCACCAAGAAAAGGAAAACUCCUACCAGCACGAAAAUGAGCGCCAGGAGUUCAACUUUAACGAUGUCCGGGCGUGGGCGAGCACCAGUACUUCAUCUGCAUCAACCGACUCUGUCUCGUCCUUUUCCAGUGCUGGCAGUGUGGUCGCAGUCGCUUCGCAAAAUUCGUUUCUGUCUGGAAUGAGCAACAUCGGCGGCACGACAAGAACAACCUCUGCGACGAGUGAAACGUUAGCUGCCCCAGAUCGUGGACUUACAGCACAGCACGGGAGUAGGAACGAAGCACCACCAACCACCUCGAAGUUCAUCCCCGUAAUUGUGCCUGUUUCAUCGGUUUAUUCCGUCGAAAUCAGUCAAGCUGGUUCAUCAGAAAAAGAGGGGAAAGAUGAACAGCCCCACGAUGCUGGGAAGGACGACAGCAUCGCAGCCGGUCGUGCAGGUCAAGGCGGAAACACUUCCAACAUCAGGACGAGGUACCCCAGGAUGUUGAAGCUGUCAUCUCAGUCUCAAGCUUUUGCAGGCUCAGCAAUACAAACUCGCUCUGCAUGAAGAUGUUGACACUUUUUCAUUAAACAAUCAAAAGAAAAAAUCAGUGACGCGUAGUGAGGUCACCGAACGGUUCUAACCUGGCAGUUUUCUUGACAUGGAGCACCAAAAACGACCGGCAGUUUUCAAGCCUAUAG